GGAAGCCUCCUCCGACGAGCGACCCGGACAGCAGCGCCAGCCCCUGCGCCCGAUCCGAGAAGCUUCCCUUCUCCUCCGCGCAAAAGCUUAGGAUCGCCCGCCCGGGGCUCCUUCCCAGCCUUAUCAUCCAGCCCUGCCCGGAGGGGCUGCUGCCGACGCCCCGUCCCCAAAUCCGAAAUAAAAACCCUGCCCGAAUUGAGCUGGAGAAUUGCAGCGGGCGCCAGGUUGCAGAUCCCAGGGGGCUAAAGGAAGCCGAGGAGGCCGCUGCGUCGGGCCGGGGGGCGGUGGCGGCUGCUCUGGGUGGAGGUGGAGGAGGCGGCCUCGGGGCGGGGAUUGCCGGCUUCCUCGGCCUGAGCCUCCGGGGCGGUGGCGGCUCGGCUUCGGGGAGUCUUGCAGCCGUAGGUGGGCGCCCUACCGGUCUUUGAGACUUCCCAUGGAUACCAGCCCCCCGAUCCCAGAUCCGGGUGGUCCCCGAAGGGAUUUUACCACCUCAGCUUCGGAGGUGGGUCCUCCCUCCUUCGAAUGGCUGCUGGGGCGCCUGGGGGCCUGGGGCCAACGUCGACAGCGCCUUCUGCUGGCGCUCAGCUGUCUUCCCUGCGUCCUCGUGGGUUUGGCCUUGGGUUCAGAUGCCCUCUUUGCUCUCACCCCUCUGCAUCACUGCGGGGACCCCAACAGCACCAAGAUGCCCGAUAAUGCCAGCUGUCAUGGCCCCCACGGUCAAAGUGGGGAGACUGGGGUUCUCCCUAUCCUCACCAGCAACCCAGUGACAGAGUGGUCCCUGGAUCAUUCCGGCAGCUGGGUGAUCCCUCUGGAACAGAUCUGUUUCCUCCUGGGCUUCGCUGCAGGGGCCGUUUUCCUUGGUCACCUGGCAGACAGUGUAGGGAGACGGAGUACCUUCCUCUUCACUUUGGCUCUCGGCUGCCCCGCAGGCCUCCUGGCAGCCUUCGCAUCCUCUCCCUCCAUCUUCAUACUGGGCCGGUGUCUGUGGGGCACGAUGCUGGGUGCCAUGCAACUCACCCUCUACAUUACUCGUUUGGAGCUGUGUUGUCCUUCGCAACGGCUACCGGUAGCCAUGGCAGGAGACCUCAUCCAGGUGGGGGGACGGUUCCUCCUCCUGGGUCUGGCAUGGGUCUGCGGCAGUUGGCGGGUUCUGCAAGGGGUGAUGUCGGCCGGAAUGGGGGUCUGCCUGCUGUAUAGCUGCCCAGGGUUGUACCCUGAAUCUCCCCGUUGGCUCUUGGCCACCCGUCGAACAGCUCAGGCCAAGGAUGUCCUGUUAGCCCUGUGCCAAAAUGGCAACGCCCAGGAACUCGAGGCCCGGGAGGCCCUGAAUGAGCUGGACAACGCUUGUCAUCUGCCUGCAGCUGCCCAGAUCUCACUCCGCAGCCUCCUGUCCUGCAGGAACAUCUGGAAAAACAUUCUGAUCCUUGGUUUUACCACAUCCAACCAAUCAAUUUUCUUCCGCAGAGGGAAGGGUCUCGGCAUCACGCUGGCUUUGGCCUCUCUUGGAGGGCUGAGCGCCCCGCUGUUGCGGGUACGAGAACAGCAUGGCUCCUUCCUCGAACACAUCGUCCUUGCCUCCCUCAACAUCCUGGCCUUGCUUUGCCUGCUCUUGUUGCCCGAGACCAAACGCAAACCCUUGCCCGAAAGCCUGCAUGACGGAGAACUUUAUCGGAGGCCUUCGCUGCUCCGGCGGGCUGGCGAGACCGGGGGCCGGGACUCCGAUAGUGUGACACGGCGAGACGAUGUACCCUUGCUCUCUACCCCCAAUCCCUCCAGCUGAUGCCAUGGUGGGCUUGGUUCUGGCCUCGACGGGUGGGCUCAUCCAACGAACUCAAAGGCCGGUGGAGGGGGGGGAGGGCAGGAGGGGGCUUUUUCUGCUUUGGAUGUUGCACGAAAGGAAUCAUUUCGGCUGCACCAGCGGCAAAAACUCAUUUAUUUAAACGGGCGGACUAAAUUGGAAACUAGGAUUCAUAGCUAGUUGCCCCAGAAUUAGCUAAAACAGUCUUUCUCAACUUCGGACACUUGAAGAUCUGCAGACUUCAACUCUUAACUGCCUGUUGCCUUGUUUAAAAAUUUGCAUUGCAAACUUCAGGGUAGUUGUGUAGCGUUCCCCCCCACCCCCACUUCCUUAAUAAUUAAUGUAAUUAUGUUAAUUUUCAUUUUUUUCUUCAUUAAGAUAGAUACCAUGUUUCCCUGAAAAUAAGACCUAUCCGAAAAAAUAAGCCCUAGCGUGAUUUUUACACAUGCACCCAAUGUAAGUCCUAUCCCCAAACGAAGCCCUAGUUAAGACCCUGCCCACUCAGUUGACCCUGGUUGUCCUGCGCCAGCUUACCUUAGGGCAGUUACAGCCGGGCCUCCCAUGCCCCAACACUUGUCUCACCUUGCCAGCCAACUUUGCCACUUGCACGUUUUGCUAUUAGAGGCCUCCAUUUCGCUGUCGGAGGUCUUUGUGAGGGCCUCUGCAACCAAGAAACGAGCCCCAGGUUGACAGCGAAAGGCCUCUGAUAGCGAAACUGAGGCCAGGCGGGUGCCAUACGCAAGCAGCUGCAGAAGAAGUGUUCACACGGGCUCCUGCUGGGCGGGGCUAUUAAUGCCACCACCGUGAGGUGAGAAAAUGGAAAAUACAUCUCUGAAAAUAAGACCUAACGCCUCUUUUGGAGGCUAAAAAAUUAAGACCAGGUCUUAUUUUCGGGGAAACACGGUUAUUAUAUGCCCUUGGGGGUCCUGCGGCUUGCCUUGAAAAUAACAGAAAUCAAAUAAUAGACAUAAAAGGAUAGACUUAGGAACCAUAACGGAGCCUGGAAUUAUGGUCGUAAGUUGUGACAGUCAUUAAAUGAGUCAUCACAUGAUUGACUUGAUUUUAUGACAUUUUUGCAGUGCUCAUUAAGCAAAUCAUGGUUAAGGGAACCACCACGGUGGUUUAGAGAAUCUCUGGUCAUUAAGUGAACCGUCACGAUUGUGAAGCAAGCCAAUUGUCCAACCAUUUUUUUUCCAGAAAAUGACCAGGGAAUUCUUGGAGUUGAAGUCUGUACAUCUUCAAGUGCUUCUGGUCAAGAAACACUGACUUUGGAAGCAGCAAGACUUUUGAUGUACCCACUACCCGCUUUAUUCCAGAGACGAAUUGAAAAUUUAAAUUUAAGGCCGAAUCAAACCGGCAGACGAAUCUCCACGGACUUUCAAGGAGAAAGAGAGAAAAAUCUUGAAAAUGUUCUCUCUGGAAGAAAAUUUUCAUACCCUUUCUGCUUUCAGCAACAGAAAGAUUUUGGGGGCUUACGCGCUGAAAGUUCCUUGGUGAAGGGCUGUGUGCAGGGGUGCGAUUCAGCCGGUGUAACAACCGGUUCACCCAAACCGGGCUGAACCGGUAGAAUCCCACCCCUGGCUGCGUGUCGAAAUGCUAGGAGGUCGGGCUGAAUCUCCGGUUUUUCUCCAUCUCGGAUUUUUUUUUUCCUUCAAGGGACGAUUUGGGUUUGGUGCGGGACCGUUUGUUUUUAUUUCCAUUUUACCAAUGUGAGACAGGGGAAUUAGGGCCCGGGGGGGGUUCUGCGGACUGAUGUCUAAGACGGGAUCCAAGGGCUUGACCUAUGCAUUCAUCUCGUUUUUAAUCUAAUUGUGUCCAUGACACAGUUAUUGCAAAGGGCUCACGUUGGGACGUUGGACCAGAGGUGACCAAAUCCCAAAGACUUAAUCUUAAAGACUUAUUUUCAAAUGCACAAUUUUUCUUCCCUCCCCGAAAGAAAUCGGCGGCUAGAUCAGAAGAGCAAUGUUCUUCGUUGCUUUUCUUGACGGACAGCGAGCUUGAUCUGGGCUCCCAAAAUGUCUGAUCAGCCCAUUUGGCUGAUAAAUUCUUCGUUUAAGCUCGCAGCAAAGAGAAAUGGGACUAGGAAUCUUCACUGUAUACACAGAGAUGACUUCAGCGGUCGGUGCCUCACCACCAAACCUGGAACAUACAGGUAGUCCUCGACUUAAUGACCAAAUGUCUGCAGCUAAGUGGGAGUUCACUGAGUUCUGCCCCAUUUUUCAACCUUUCUCGCCACGGUUAAGUGAAUCCUGUGUCAGGGUUUCAACAGAUGCCCUAAUUAAACAGUGGUUCAGUCGGUAACACGGCUGUUCAGUGAAUCUGGCUUCCCCCUUGACGCUGCAACCGUCGUAACUAUGAGUCAGUAAGCUCAUAGUGAAUUUUGAUCACCAUGACCAUGGAGAGGCUGUCACAGUCGUAAGUGAGGAAAAUGUCGCUUAGUCGGAACUUUGGUCACUAAACCCACUUGUAAAUCGAGAGCUUCCUAUAUGUACGUUUUUUAAUCGGCUGCAAAUCAUUUUGCGGGGGGAAGUGGAAUUAAUAGCGGGUUUUACUAUCAAUAGACAUGAGGGCUGAAGUAAUGACACCGCAUCACACCCAGGGAAGGACCACUCAGGCCGACGCGCACACACGUGUGCAAACACUACCCCUUUUGCUCCCCUGGGAGUUAAAACAUGCAAAUCUAAUAGGCUCAAAAAAUUUUGGACUGCUUUGUAAUCUUAAAAGGGAAAUAAAACACUGUUAAUAAGCUCAAUAAAAGGAAAUAUGUAAUCCAUG